AUGCCAAGGUGGAUAAGAUCAACAUUGAAUCGUAUUAUACCAGGGAGGCCAUUCAUCUGCAGUUUCAACAGUUUUCUUUCACUCAAAAACAUAUCGCACGCUAAACUAUCGUUUUCUAUGAGCAGUCGAGGUUUCAGGUCUAAUAACUUUAUUCGAGCACAGUUGAAGCAUCCUUCCAUACUUUCAAAAGAAGACCUAGACUUGCUCUCUGAUUCGGAUGAUUGGGAAGAACCCGACUGUAUACAGCUAGAAACUGAGGAGCAUGAUAAGAAAAUUAUCACCGACAUACAUAAAGACGACCUAGUGGACAAAAAGCCUAUGAGGGAUAAAAAUGUCAUGAACUUUAUCAAUAAAGACAGUGCCUUAUCAUGGAACGAUAUGUUCAAACCCGGUAUAAUACAACUACCACAGCUAUCUUCUGAAAACUCAUUUGAAGAGAGCAGCCAAAAAAAACCAAAGUUGGCAAGCUUUAAGGACCCAUUAAGGCCAGCGUUGAAAGCGGAAUGUUCUUUUGAAGAACUUCAGAAUAGCUCUGUAUCUCAAGAGAGAAGUUUGGAAAUGAUAAAUGAAAAUGAAAAGAAGAAGAUGCAAUUUGGGGAAAAGAUUGCUGUUUUGACACAAAGACCUAGCUUUACUGAACUGCAGAAUGACCAAGAUGACAAUAACUUAAAUUUUCAUAAUAAUGUUAAAGUUAAGAUACCGAUUUGCUUAAGCAAAGAACAAGAAAGUAUUAUUAAGUUGGCAGAAAAUGGCCACAACAUUUUUUAUACAGGAAGUGCUGGUACCGGUAAAUCUAUUCUUCUUCGUGAAAUGAUCAAAGUUUUGAAAAGCAUAUACGGUAGGGAGAAUGUUGCGGUCACUGCUUCCACAGGAUUAGCCGCUUGCAAUAUCGGUGGUAUAACCAUACAUUCAUUUGCCGGUAUAGGGUUGGGAAAGGGCGAUGCAGAUAAACUCUAUAAAAAAGUUCGUAGGUCACGAAAGCACCUAAGACGUUGGGAGAAUAUCGGCGCUUUGGUUGUCGAUGAAAUAUCAAUGUUAGAUGCAGAACUAUUAGACAAACUCGAUUUCAUCGCCAGGAAAAUACGGAAAAAUCAUCAACCCUUCGGUGGGAUUCAACUUAUCUUUUGUGGGGAUUUUUUCCAGUUACCUCCAGUAUCGAAAGACCCUAAUAGACCAACAAAGUUCGCUUUCGAGUCCAAGGCCUGGAAAGAAGGUGUAAGAAUGACGAUCAUGCUACAGAAGGUUUUUAGACAGCGUGGAGACGUAAAGUUCAUUGACAUGUUAAAUCGGAUGAGACUGGGCAAUAUUGAUGACGAAACAGAAAGAGAGUUUAAGAAGCUUUCUAGACCAUUACCAGACGAUGAAAUUAUUCCCGCAGAACUUUAUAGUACUAGAAUGGAAGUAGAAAGAGCCAAUAACUCCAGGCUAAGUAAAUUGCCAGGUCAGGUACAUGUCUUUAAUGCAAUCGAUGGCGGUGCUUUGGAAGAUGAAGAGUUAAAGGAAAGGCUGUUGCAAAACUUUUUGGCCCCAAAGGAACUGCAUUUGAAAGUUGGUGCUCAAGUUAUGAUGGUAAAAAAUCUAGAUGCAACUUUAGUUAAUGGGUCUCUUGGUAAAGUCAUCGAAUUCAUGGAUCCAGAAACAUAUUUUUGCUAUGAGGCGCUAACAAAUGAUCCAUCUAUGCCUCCAGAAAAACUCGAGACUUGGGCUGAAAACCCAUCAAAAAUAAAAGCUGCAAUGGAGAGGGAGCAAAGCGAUGGAGAAGAAAGUGUAGUAGCUAGUCGCAAAUCUUCGGUAAAGGAGGGAUUUGCUAAAAGUGACAUGGAUGAGCCUGUCUCUCCUUUAGAUUCUUCAGUUUUUGACUUUAUGAAGAGGGUUAAAACAGACGACGAAGUUGUACUGGAGAAUAUAAAACGCAAGGAACAGUUGAUGCAAGCCAUACAUCAAAACUCUGCAGGAAAACGAAGGCUGCCUCUUGUGAGAUUCAAAGCUUCUGAUAUGAGCACGAGGAUGGUGCUUGUCGAACCAGAGGAUUGGGCGAUAGAAGACGAAAACGAAAAGCCACUGGUGUCAAGGGUUCAAUUACCGCUAAUGCUUGCCUGGUCAUUAUCCAUUCAUAAGUCUCAGGGCCAAACACUUCCAAAAGUCAAGGUAGAUUUACGUAGGGUCUUCGAAAAGGGGCAAGCGUAUGUUGCUUUGUCUAGAGCUGUUUCAAGAGAGGGAUUGCAGGUUUUAAAUUUCGACAGAACUAGGAUCAAAGCACAUCAAAAGGUAAUUGAUUUUUAUCUCACCCUAUCUUCAGCGGAAAGCGCCUAUAAGCAACUUGAGGCAGAUGAGCAAGUGAGAAAAAGGAAGUUAGAUUAUGCACCAGGACCUAAAUAUAAGGCUAAAUCCAAGUCAAAGUCAAAUUCUCCAGCACCCACAUCAGUAACAACUCAGCCUAAUAGUGGCAUUGCAGCCAUGUUGCAAAGACAUAGUAGGAAGAGAUUUCAGCCGAAAAAGGAAUCCAAUGGCAAUCAAGUUCAUUCGUUGGUUUCCAACGAACCUCGUCGUCAAGAUACCGAAGACCACAUCUUAGAAUAA